AUGCUGUUUCCAUUUAUACCCUUGUCCCUGGGGAUUAUAUUUAGUCGAUUGGAUCCAGGAGAAAAACUCGUUAUAGGUUGUCGAAAAGCAACAAUUUAUGCUGAAACACAGAAAGGUGAAACAGAAGCUGUCAAUGGUGAUGCAAAGUCAGAUCGAUUGAAGCAACUAUUGAAAGAGACCAAGAAGUAUCUCCAAAAGUUUGGAUCAGCAGAGCCUUUGAAGCAGAUAAUGGAAUCACGCUGUCGUUACCUGAAGAUUUCGGAGAAGACGUCGGCGACAAGGUCCACCAUAAUCGUACCUUUCAAUGGAAUCUCUUGGUUCUUUGAUAUCUUCAACUACUACGUCACUUCUGAUGACCAAGAUAUUUCUAGAAAGGAACUUCAGCUUGAUAGCCAGGAGGGGUCGGUUUCUCAAGAUUCAUGGCUAUCUGUGGGUACUAUUAGACGUGAGGCUGGGAGUAAAGUAGCUGCAGUUGAACAAAUUCAAGAGACCCCUCUUGUGAUCAAAUCGACUUCUUCUGGUUCUGAGCAAAGGAAGGUGGGACCCAGUGAGCUUCUGGGAGUGGGGAAGAAUGUGGUUUCAGAGUCAUCUUCACAACCAGGAUCAUCUUCUCAUGUCUCCUUUUCCAUGAAUGGACAUAUGAUGCAAUGUGCCAUGAUUUACUUGAAAUGGAGGGAAAUAAAUAUGUUCACGUGGUUCCAAGCAAAACAGGUGAUGGUUAUGAAAGGAAAGAGUGAACGCUUGCAUGACAAGAUGACAAAUUUUGUGUCCAGAAAUAAAGCUGCUCAGAUGCAUGGCAGAGAUGGUGGGGAGAUGUCUACUCGUGACUUGCAAAAGAUGGUUCAAGUAUUGCCAAUGAACAAAUGGACAAACUAUCCCUCCAUGUUGAUCUUGCUGGAAAGAUUAAUGGAACAAAAGAUAUCAUUAAGUUUCUCAAAGAACAAGAUGCAACAGAUGAACAAAAGAUCCGAGUAUUAAUGAUAUAUGUAGCAACUCAUCCCGAGAAAUUUGAGACUGAUAAACUUGCAAAGAUAUUGGAGGUGAGGAUCUUUUUUUUUCUUACUAUUACAGCAUUUUAUUUUUGUUAUCAAGGCAUUGUAGUUUGUAAAAUAUACCCAAUUACAGCAUUGUAUUUUUGUUAUCAAGGCAUUAGUUUUAUAGGAAUGUAUAACCCAUGUUAGCAAUGUUUUAUUUUUG